UAUCUGUCACACGAGUGUCAAGAAUCGAUCGAUCUUUUUGUUUGUUGUUGUAUUUUGUUCACAUAAAAUAAGAUCUAAAAUAGUUAUAUUUCACAAAUAUCGAAAUCUACAAAAAUCAUUAAAGGUUUCGAUAGUCUGCUAAGUCGCAAUGGCUACUGCCGUUAGUGCCGUCCAAAAAAAGCCAGCAACGAAUAAUUUACCUGGGGCAGUACGCAAGAAGUCUGGUCCCAAAUUCGAACUAACAGAAGAACAGAGGAGGGACAUAAAAGAGGCUUUUGAUCUGUUUGAUACAGAGAACACAGGGAAAAUUGACACCAAGGAACUGAAGGUAGCGAUUCGGGCUUUAGGCUUUGAACCUAAAAAGGAAGAGAUCAAGAAAAUGAUAGUGGAAAUUGACAAAGGAGAUGGCAAGGUCUCAUUUGAAGAUUUUCUUGAACUGAUGACUGUAAAGAUGGCAGAAAAAGAUACAAAGGAAGAGAUCAUGAAGGCGUUCAAACUGUUUGAUGAUGAUGAAACAGGAAAGAUCUCCUUCAAAAAUCUAAAGAGGGUGGCGAAAGAGCUGGGUGAGAAUUUAACAGAUGAAGAGCUCCAUGAGAUGAUAGAUGAAGCAGACCGUGACGGUGAUGGAGAGAUCAACCAGGAGGAGUUCCUACGUAUUAUGAAGAAAACAAGUCUUUACUAAAUCUCAGUCCAGUGGAUAAAAUAGGAUGCUACAUAUCGUCGCUUUAUAGCGAAAACCACAAGCACCUUUUUAAAAAAUCACAUUCUAAUUGACAAAACCUUAUAUUCUUUCAAUAAAUUUUCAUUCCAGUUAAAAAAUUUUUAGUUGUAUUGAAAUUAGCUUGUCUAUUGCAUGCUUUUGUUGUGUUGGCCUGACGGGGUGCCCUCCCUGAGGUGGUCAGCAACAUCAAAGGACUGUUAGACUUUCUUGGGGAAUUAGGCUGGCUGGAGUAAUCCAUAGCCGUUUCAGGUAUCACACAAAAUAGGCGCUCAGACGUCGAGUUGCGGAAAACGGCCCCCAAAUACCAAUACCAAUGCUUUUGUUAAAAAUUGCAUCCAAAUGUGGUUUUUCAAAAAGGUGCUUACAUGGUUUUCCGUAUAAGGUGACAAUAUUUCACUUUGGAAUAUUGACUGUUCUGCAUGUCUUAUGUCCACAUAUCUGAUGUUACCUGUAAUAGUACUGGCUAAGCACCGUUAUAAUAGUUGAUAUGGACUGUAUGCUGGAUUUCAAAAGGCAUAAAACAUUUUUUGGGACAUCUAUUGGUGAUUCUUUGAAUUUGCCUUUUUUAGUUUCCAAGACUGGCCUAUUAAUUCAAAAACUAUGAUGUUACAUAAUAAUACUCUACUAAAUAGUCAAAUAGCUACUGUUAAUUGAAUUUGGAUGUUUUUAAUUUAGUAUUGUAACAAUACAAGAGGUAAUUUCUAAGAACCACCAUAUUGGGGCAACUGGCAACUUCUGAAGCAUUUAGUGUUAUAAAAUGAGGGUAUUUUUGAAAGAGUAGACAAAGUCAAGAGAAACUUAAAAAGUCUAUUUAAUAAAUAUUAUUGGAUUUGCUGGUCUUCCUAGGGUAAGCAGUGAAUGGGACACCCUGUUCACACAAUACAUGUCAAUAGCCUUAGCUGGUUGGCAUUUAUUUUCAGACCAAAGAAAAUUUCCAUUCCACUUUUCUUGCUUUUGUACUAUGUAAGAACCCACCGCACACUGUUUAAGAAUUCUAUGUUAUUUACGCAUUUCUAUUUAAGGUAAUUAUUUGUUUAUAAUAGGUAUAUUAUCUGGUUGAAUCUAUUAUAAUAGAGUGAUACUAUAGUAUCAAGUACAAAAACUGUUUUACUUACUUGUUUAAGGCACAAAAUAUAGGCUUAAUUGAAUGUAAUUCACUGAUACCAAUGUGUACAUUAGUUAGGUAAGUUAAGAGGCAUUUGUUUUAUAAUAAUUGUUUCAUGUGGAGGUAAAUUACAUUUUAUGGCACUGCA